AUGUACGACCAGGCGGUACUUGACGAGCAAUGGGCCAUCGCCAGAGGCCUCCCCCCUGACGACCGGAAAGCUGCUGAAGGCAUUAUUCGUCUGGCAGAAAUGAUGAACGCGGAGGAGCGCCAAGAGGCUGAGGCCGAACGUUGUGCCAGCGGGGACGCCGUCGCCACCCAAGAUGCGAACGAACCUGUCGAGCAGAUGACCGACGACGCCCCUCAAGCCAUCACCAACGACGAUGAUGUCGCUUCCCAUAGCACAGCUUCUGCAGAGACCGCCAUUGAUGGCUCUGGUGGCCAGAACACUGGUUUUGCGAACGCCAUCACCGAUAACGACGAUCUCACCGCCGGAGGCUUCGUCAACGACACCUUCGACAUCGACGCCUUCACCAAUGACACGUUUGCGGAUUUCAACUCCAAUUUUGAGAGUUUCUUCCCUGCUAUGGACGGAACUGACAAGCAGACCGCCAACGAUGCUGCUGAGGUUACUCGCGUCGUCGACACUACAGAGCAGGACAGCGAGACCGCCUCUGAGCAGUUAAGCGUCCCUUCGGAGGUUAUCUCCCCUGCGACCGCGCAAACCACGCCACCGGCUCCGUCCGACAGCCCGUCCAGAGCCCUCGUCUGCCUCCGCCUCAAGCUGUCUUCCACGGUGCAUCUUCCCACACACAGCGUCUGCCGCCUCGCUGCCAACCCGUGA